AUGUCUCAAUCCAGAUUCUGGCAAUCCAGCACAGGACCUUCUUUGGCAUUCAGAAGGCUGCAGGUUGGGAUUAUCUCGUCACAAGCAAGACGAGCUAGCCCCAAAAGACAGUUUUCUGGAGUCUCAUUUGACAGAUCCCAGUUUAUAACCUGCCACGGGAUUCGAUAUCAUCCAGUGAAAUGGGAAAGAGGCUGGCCACCACUUGCUGCCCUCAUCGCCCGUCUGAGCCCUCUAGAACAAAUUGAAUCUCUUGUAAAGAACGACUUUCCAAUUCCCUUUCAGGAAGCUAUUUCACAGCAUCAUCCAAAAUGCCGGCUACAUCUGUCGUGGCCGCAUAACGUGGGCACCAGCGUGCCAAUCGCUGCAUACAUUUGCCGUAAGAUCGGCGAACCCGAUUCCAGAUAUAAAUAUCUAGAACUUGAUGCCCUUGACAUCAGCCAGCUAGCCAAGUGCUGCCCCCAGCUAGAAGAAUUCCGUCUUCCGAUCAAACGAUCCAGGGCCGUCAACCUCGUACUAGGUCUUCAUUUUGACCCCAGACUGCGGCCGGUGUACCAAUUUCAAAUAUUCAUGACAUCCGUUCUUCAUGGGAUAUUCGCGAAUGCGACAAUGGGUGAGAAACUUGCUCUUCAGAUUUGGCACUUGAUCUCAUCCAACCAAGAUUCCCGUCGCCUACAGAACCUCCGUAUCGUGCCUUUUGGUCUUGGGUACCCCUUGAAUGAUAAAGAACGGCUCCUUGGCUGGUUUUCUCGUUCGUUUUGA